AUGGCAGCGACAGCCGACGACAAGGUCCGCAGCUCCGUCGAGCUCGCGGACAGGGCACCCGUCCUCCCAACCGUCGAGACCCCAGAACCGGCUAAGGCUUCAUUACAUCCAGCCGUCUACGUUGCCACAUGGAUCAGCUUGUCAUCCUCCGUCAUCCUCUUCAACAAGUGGAUUCUCGACAGCUUGGAUUUCCGAUAUCCCGUUGUCUUGACCACCUACCACCUCAGCUUUGCGACAGUCGCGACGCAGCUUCUCGCUCGAUACACCAAGGUCCUCGAUGGCCGCAAGAACGUCAAAAUGACAGGCCGCGUCUACCUGCGCGCCAUUGUCCCCAUCGGCAUCUUCUUCAGCCUGAGUUUAAUCUGCGGCAACCUCACAUAUCUCUACCUGAGCGUUUCCUUUAUCCAGAUGCUCAAGGCCACGACGCCGGUGGCUGUCCUGCUGUCUAGCUGGGUCAUGGGCAUUGCCGCACCCAACCUCAAGCUUCUGCUCAAUGUCUCUGCCAUUGUCAUUGGUGUGGUCAUUGCCUCGUUUGGUGAGAUCAAGUUCGUCUGGAUUGGCUUCUUCUACCAGCUCGGCGGCAUCAUCUUUGAGGCCAUUCGUCUCAAUCUAGUCCAAGCGCUGCUGAGCUCGGCCGAGUACAAGAUGGAUCCGCUCGUGUCGCUGUACUACUUUGCGCCCAUCUGUGCGGGCAUGAAUGGCGUCGUCGCCCUCAUCUGGGAGGUUCCCAGAGUCACCAUGAGCGAGGUCUACAACGUCGGCCUGUUCGUGUUUUUCAUCAACGGACUGACUGCAUUCCUCCUCAACGUCUCUGUUGUGUUCCUGAUUGGCAAGACUUCGUCCCUUGUCAUGACUCUCUGCGGUGUCCUAAAGGACGUUUUGCUGGUCUUCGCCUCCAUGAUGAUCUGGGGCCACCCAGUCACGGGCCUCCAGUUCUUCGGCUACUCGAUCGCCCUCGGUGGCAUGGUGUACUACAAGCUCGGCUACGACGCGCUCAAGGGCUACGCCCAGGAAGGAGGCCGGCAAUGGGCAGAGUUCGGCGCGGCACGCCCGGCCCUCCGCAAGAUCAUUGUCGCCGUCUCUGGUCUGCUCCUCGUCAUCAUCGUCUUUACUACCGUCGCGCCGGCCUCUUACAUCCCUGCGUACAGCUCGGACUCGAUAAAAGGUGCCAUUCAGGGAGUCGGUUUCGGCACGGACUGA